UAUGUUUUUUUCAGAUAGUUUGAAAAUGGCUUGCCAGGAGUUUACUGUUUUAUACACACACCAGAAGAUGAAAAAAUCCAAAGUAUGGCAAGAUGGGAUUUUGAAGUUCACUGUUGGUGGAAAUAAGGCAUUCUUAUAUGAUGAUAAAGGACAGGUCUUGGACAGUAUUUUUGUAAAGCUUCAGGUAAAAUCGGGAGAUGACUUAGAAAGUGAGCGAUACUUAAUAACAGUUGAAACUGAAAAAAAUCCUAGAAUUGGUGGUGGUACUGGUCAGCCAAAGAACACAGACGUGUCCUUGUUAACCACAAAGAAUCUGAAGUCGUCUGCCUCAUCUGUGCAUUUGCCAAUUGGCCUCAAAAGGAAAUUUACUGGUUUCCAAGGGCCACGCCAUGUGGAAAAGAAGAUGGCAACAGUGGAAGAACCUGUAGCAGUGGUUUCACCCAGACAUCUUGAAUCAUCCUUUCCUUCUCAGUUAUUUGCCUCUUCGCCAUUAUUUUCUGUGGCUUAUCAGAAGAAGGAAGAGACCAACUUACUUCCAGGCAUUAAAGGAGAUGCUGUCAUGAGUAGUAGAGACACUGAGCUGGUUACUUCUUUGGCUUGCACACAUUAUAGCGACAAUCACAAAGUGAUAAAGAAUGUUAGCUGUAUUGCUAGUAGUGCAGAUACUGAACAUUUGACGCCAGAAUCUCAUCUGGAUACUGGGCCAGUUAAUUUAAACCACCAUACAAACAAUAAUGUGGCAGUUUCGCAGAACAUCAGGAGUACAGGACAGAUUAUUGCCCUGCUCAGGACUAAAACAGCACUACUUAACAGGGAGCAAAGACAUCCCAGAACCCCACAGUGUGAAUAUACUACUUCCAUGAGCAAUCAACCAUUGACGAAGUUUGAAUUUCAUCCAGAAGUUCUCCCUCUGUCUGAGCCAUCAAGAAGCGCAGAUGUUUUGUUUCAACAGAAGUUGUCUCCUGUAUUGGGAUCUGUAAACAGCACUAUCAACAAAUCGAUUAAAGACAUACAGGCACUGCAAUCUACAGCCAAAAAUUUGCAGACACAUAGUCGAUGGGAUGCAUACUUACCAUCACAUGUACCAGAGGAAUAUCCUGAUCAAGAUGCUAUAGAACACAAUGAUAAUGUUAGUGACUUGCAGCCAGUUAUAAAGGACUUGAAGGAGGGUGGUAGUGCGAAUAGGGACCAGUACAGCAAGGACAAUAAAAAAUUUGCUCAAAUUCCUGCUUCCUUGGAAAUCAGUGUUUCUCCCUUUAGUGAAAGUUCUUUCACAAAACAGCCACACAGCUCUACUAUAAUUAAAUCCAGCAUGAAUGUAAGGAAUGACACGGAAGGAUCAUUUGAUAGCAUUCAGAAUUCAGAUUGUAUAAAUGCAUUGGAAGCAUGUGAUGCUAAUCUUUCUAAAUCUAAUAAACACUCAACUGCUGAUAAUUUAGAAACAUUUUGUUGUCAGUCACAAAAUGAACCUUGUCAAGUGGUAAGUUCUGAAAAUUUCUCAGGUUGCUGUACCUAUGGAGAACUUGAUGAUCCAGCCAAGCAGUUUAUACAAGUUAACUUCGAUGUUCUGGAUGUACAGGACUUUAGUGACACAGAGGAUGGAGAGUGUAAUGUGAAUAGCACACUUUCACAACAUUCAGUGUGUUUGAAAGCAGUAAGGGAGAUCAGUGUUGAAAAGAAGACAUGCAUGAGUGAGGGGAAAGAUAACCUUCAGUCUGCCUUUCUACAAGAUGAUAAUGUGAAUUGUGCCUUACAAUCUUGUGACAAAAUGUCUGAAAAUGCUAAGAAGGAUAUGACUAAGUGUAAUUUUCCAAGUGAACAUUCAGAGGCUACAGUUGUAGAUGAAAUGUUAGGGGCAAAGAAAAUUGGUGCCCUAAAAGUAGAUGCUCACAAAGAUCUGGACUGCAUUGGCAGUGACUCAAUGAACGUCAUUUCAUAUGUUCAUCCUCAUUCAAAUACUUAUUUCAUGGACAAAAAUAAUAAAGGUAUAGAGGCUGGAGGGAAUAAUUCACAGCUUCCUUCUAUACAUAUUUCUGAUGACAUGACAUUAGCUAGUCCAUUGCUGGCGAAGAAUAACACUUCCAGUGACUUUCCUCAGUACAUUACAGAUAAGCAGUAUGUUGCUUCAGGGAAUAGUUAUGACUUGGGUUACAGGCCAAGGACUCGCCCCUUGGAUUGUGAGACUUUUUCAGAUGAGACAUACGUACAUAAAGAUGAACUGGGAGAUACAGUCAGUGCCUCUGAUGCUUUUUAUAAAUCCACUGAAGAAAAUGAAAAGCAAUCUUCAUCUGCUGAUUCUUCCAGCCUUCCCAAGUUGAUAAAUGGUUUUAGCCUGUUGAGAUCACUUACGGAACAUAGCACAGCCUUGGAAAGCUUGCAAAUGAUUGAGGAAAGUACUGGCAUGUCAUGCCAGAGAGGGGCUGUAACAGAGGAACAUGUGUCCAGAGGAGGACCCAAAGCUAAACAAUGGUUUGCUGAAGUGUCUUAUUCUGAAGAUGUCUUGAUGUCGUCUUCAUGCUCUGGUGCACCUAAAAUGCCUCCUUCUUUAAGCAAUGAUGAAGAGAAACACACAGCACCUAUAGUCAAGGUGCUACAUGGCCAAAGUCCCAUCAGAAUGGCUGAAAGUCAAUCAGUGGGUGUCUCUGAGCUGUCCUUUCCCAGUGCAGAAAUGAUCAACUGCACCGAUCUUCCUAAAAGGCAAAUGUGUAUCCCAGCUGAGUUUAAAUCUUCUGCACUCUAUAAGCAGGUUUUCACUGCAGCUUUGACAGAACAUUUGAACAUAUUGCUCUUUGAGCUGUCACAAAGGCUGCAUAAAGCUCUUGGAAAAGUGGAUAUAUCAUUCUACACUUCAGCAAAAGAAGGGCAGGAGCAAACACAAGAGAAUUCUGCACCACUCUGCAACCACAAGAUUGCAGCCAAACUUGUUAUGGUUAAAAAACAAGGCCGAAAUAAGGGUCGCCUUUUCUAUACCUGUGAUGCUCCAAAAGCUGAACGUUGUGAUUUUUUCAAGUGGCUUGACGAUGUAAACCCAGGACAGAUCAAAGUUAGUCCGAAGGUUAUAUUUCAUGAUAUAAAGAGUAUUGGAACCUAUUUAAGGAGUCAACACAUUUUUCUCCAUGAAGAAUGCCAACUUUUGGUAAGGAAAGCCUAUGAUAUUCAAAGAAAACAAUUUAGUAAGCUGAAGAGAUUUAAUGUUGUAAAUGCCGAGUUUGACUGUGAUUCUAGAAACAAAUUAUAUCUGAAGCUGAACAAAAAGGAGCAUUCUUCUAUGUACAGCAAAGAUGAUCUUUGGGUUGUUUCCAAGACGUUAAUGUUUGAACCCUUGGAUACUUUCAUUGCAUGCAGUGUUUUCUUUGGCCCAUCCUCUAGCAAUGAAAUAGAGUUGGAACCUCUCAAAGGCUACAGCCCCUCAAAUUGGCGCUCAAAUAUGAUUGUUCAUGCCUUGCUAGUUUGUAAUGCUAGCACAGAACUCACAACCUUGAGAAACAUAGAGGAACACUUCAAUUCAGCCACGCUACCAAUUAUGCAACAUCUGCUUACGAAGCCCUUCAAAGAGGUACCUUGUAGUAACAGAGGCAACAAACGAAAAUUUAAACCACCAGUGUUAAACACAAAUACAAUAAAUUAUGGACUUCUAAGUCCUGAAAUGACAAUAAGUCUGGCAAACAAGUUGAUUCAGACGUUUCAGUUGAAUAAGGAUCAGGCCAUGGCACUGUUACAGAUAGGUAGCAUGAUGGCAUUGCAUCCAAUGGGUAAAGAAACUGGGAAACAGCAACCUCUCCCUAUAACAGUAAUCCAUGGUGUGUUUGGAUCUGGAAAAAGUUAUUUGUUAGCCAUUGUUAUCUUAUUCCUGGUACAAAUCUUUGAAACCACUGAAGCAAGUGAUGGCAAAAGGUUAGCACCAUGGAAAAUACUAAUCUCUUCUUCCACUAAUGUUGCUGUGGACAGAGUACUGCUGUGCCUCCUGGAUCUUGGAUUUGAAGAAUUUAUUAGAGUUGGAAGUAUUAGAAAAAUUGCUAAGCCAGUACUUCCUUAUAGCUUGCAUGCUGGCUCAGGCCCGGAAAGUGAGCAACUGAAAGAGUUGCUUGCUCUGAUGAAGGAGGAUUUAACCCCAGCAGAAAAAAAUUACGUAAGGAAGACGAUUGAACACCACAGGCUGGGCACCAACAAGUCUCUUCUGCAGCAGGUGAAGGUAGUAGGAGUUACCUGUGCUGCCUGCCCAUUCCCUUGCAUGAAAAAUCUAAAGUUUCCUGUAGUGGUGCUGGAUGAAUGCAGUCAGAUGACAGAACCUGCAUCUCUCCUUCCCAUUGCAAGGUUUGGGUGUGAAAAGCUGAUUCUGGUUGGUGAUCCUAAGCAGCUACCACCCACCAUUCAAGGGUCAGAAAGUGCACAUGAUAAUGGUUUGGAGCAAACGCUUUUUGAUCGACUCUGCUUGAUGGGACAUGAGCCGGUGCUGCUCCGAACGCAGUACCGUUGUCACCCAGCUAUUAGUGCCAUAAGCAACAACUUGUUUUAUGGUGGAAAUUUGCUGGACGGCGUUUCUGACAUGGAUCGAAACCCUCUCGUGGACUGGUUGCCAACACUGUGUUUCUACAGUGUUAAUGGCUCAGAGCAGAUGGAAAAAGACAACAGCUUCUACAAUAUGGCAGAAUCUUUUUUCACUGUCAAGUUGAUCCAGUCUCUAAUUGCCAGUGGAAUAGAGGGGUCCAUGAUUGGAGUAAUAACCCUGUAUAAAUCACAAAUGAGCAAGAUUUGUAAUUUACUUGCUGCAGUAUACUCAGAUGCUUCCCAAGUUAAAGCUGUCCAGGUGUCCACUGUGGAUGCUUUCCAAGGAGCGGAGAAGGACAUCAUUGUGUUAUCUUGUGUAAGGACGAGACACGUUGGCUUCAUAGAUUCAGAAUCGAGAGUGAAUGUGGCACUGACCAGAGGGAAGAGGCAUUUAUUGAUAGUGGGAAAUCUAAACUGUCUGAGAAAGAACAAGCUAUGGGGAAAUGUGAUUCAACACUGUGCAGGAUGUAAAGAUGGAUUGCAGCAUGUUAGCCAAUGCGAACAGAAAUUGAAUGACAUUCUUACAUCUUAUAUGGAAAUGAAAAAGGAGGAAGAAAAGAAACAGAAGGAAAAAUCUAAAAGUAAAUCACUUUCACAGAAAACAAAUGUAUAAAAAUGUUCCUGUGUAAAUUGGGCUAAAUAUCUUUUAACAUUAUUGAUAAACAUAUAGUGUUUUAUGUUUCACUGGUAUAUCUAACUUUAGUUAUAUGGAUUAAAAUGUUAGUAAAAUAAUUAUAUAUCUAUAAGAUAGUAAUUUGGCAUUUACCAUUCAAUUUGUU